AUGGGAGAAACAGCAACGUUUGGUGUUGGUUGUUUCUGGGAUCCCGAUGCUCGAUUUGGAAGUUUGGAUGGUAUUUUAACUACUCGAGUUGGCUAUUGUGGUGGCACAUCCUCUACAAAACCGACUUAUAAAUCGAUUGGUGAUUAUACAGAAAGUGUACAAAUUGAUUUUGAUCCAACACGCAUCACUUUUGCUCAAUUACUUUCCUAUUUUAAUCAAUGGCAUACACCAAACUCUCCUAAGACACGCGAUCAAUAUGCAGCAACAAUUUUUUAUCAUAAUGAUGAGCAACAACAAGAAAUUAAUAAAAUGAAUAUAGAAAAUGUACGUGUAAAUAAAUUUAAUAAAUUUCAUGAAGCAGAAGAUUAUCAUCAGAAACAUAAUUUAAAACGAACAAUAUUGGAAACGGAUAUAUUUGGUAAAAAAGAAGAUUGGGAAAAUAGAGAUAAACAAAUGAUUACUAAACUUAAUGGAUUUCUUGCUGGUUAUGGAACGAAUGACUACUUUCAACAAUGGGAUAAACGUCGAGAACUUACUUAUGAGCAACAAAAAUAUAUUAAAGAUAAACUUAAACAAUAA